CUAUAAUCUCGGAGAUUCUGGUCUGUGUGGAGGAGGUCGUUGUUGCCCAGGCAGCUGCCGAUGCCUUCUGCACGAUCGUAGCGAAAUUCAACGCAGAUCAGGCUGAAAAGAAGGCCCUGCCGUUGAUUCGAAAGAUCCACGAGGGUUAG